AUGAACGCCUCACUCGGCCUCGUCCCCUCGCGAUCCCUCCUCCACCUGGGUCUGCGCCUCGCCUGCCGUCAAGUUGCGGUAAAAAGCUGCAGUUCCCCCCCGGCUACCGCCUCACGACUUCUUUCAACAUGCGCAUCCCUCCGCAGACCCCUCUCUAGCAGACCGUACUCGCCAUGGUCGUCGACACUCCAUCAAAUCCAAUGGCCCUCCCCGGGUCUAGCCGCGACGGCUGACCUCCCAGCAACAACACGGAGAUGGAUCUCUUCCACGCCGCGCAAGCCCGAACCCACAAACGAUCCCAUCCUCCGAGACUACGUCGAUCUCCCGCUGGACUACAAGGAUAAAGACGGCCUGCGCUUCCGAGCCAAAGACCUCUCGGCCGCCGAGGUGAGAGCCGUUUUCGGCCCUUCCCUCAAACCCGCCGCCGCGAACCGCCUCCUGCGUAUUAUGCAGGGCCGCCGCGUCGCCGGAACCCUCGACGACCCGGCCUUUGGCGUGAACACGGCCGACUUCACACCGCAGCAGCGCGACGCCGCCCUCGUCUACCUCCGCAAGCUCGUCCCCGUCGACGAGGUCCUCAACGCCGGCCUGCGAGCCGAGGAUGAACUCGCCCUGCUGGAGAAAGAGCUCGAAAAGGGCGUCGACGGAGAAGCCUCAGAUGCGAAGACACCAUCUCUCGAGAACGAGACCACCGAAACGGCGAGCGAAAAGGUCUACACGGCGGACCCGGUAUACGGCUACAGCGCCUUCGACGCCAUCCGCGCCAAGAACCAGGCCAAGGCCGCCGAGGAAGAGAGGCGCCUUGCCGAGGAGGAGGCCGAGCGCCAGAGAAACAACCCGAACGCCGGCCCCCCCGCGCCGCUGUCCCUCAGCCGCCCGCCGAUGAGCGCGCGCAUGCAGAAGUGGACCGAGCAGGCGAGUUCCGAUCUCGCAGCGCCGCCGCAGUUGUCGCUCGCCGAGCGCCUGCUGCCCUCGGCCGCCGUUGUCCUGCUGCUGGUCGGCAUGCUCGCGGCCUUUGCCGCGGUCUACACGCCGCCUCGCGACGUCGACCGGCUGUACCCCGAAGUGUCGGCGUCGACGGCGACGGUCGGCGCGCUGAUUGGGCUGAACGCGCUCGUGGCGCUCGCAUGGCGCGUGCCGCCGCUGUGGAAGUUCCUGAACCGGUACUUCGUGCUGGUGCACGGCAUGCCGCGCGCCGUGACCAUGGUCACGGCCGGCUUCUCGCACUCGUCGCUCGGCCACCUGGCGGCCAACAUGGUGGCGCUAUGGUUCACGGGUACCGCGCUGCACGAAGAGGUCGGCCGCGCCGGCUUCCUGGCCAUCUAUCUCGGCUCGGGUGCCGUCGGUAUGCUUGGCAGCCUGGUGGCCUACACGCUACGGGGCAUGCUGACCGUGUCGACCGUCGGCGCGUCGGGCUCCGUGUUCGGCGUUGCGACGGCCUUCUUCUGGACGCACCGCUUCGACUCGUUCAAGAUGUUCGACCUGCCGCCGGACCCGAUGAACGGCCCGCAGGGGCUGGGCUUCAUCGCGCUGAUCCUGGGCUUCCACGUCUACGCCUUCCUGCGGCGGGGCCCGCAGACCAUCGACCUGCCGUCCCACCUCUUUGGCAUGCUUGCGGGCGCCGUGGGCGUCGAGCUCUUCAAGAAGAGGGAGGCGCCGAGGGAUGACGGGUUGGAGAGGAUGGAGGAGGCUUCGUCAGGGACGCCCCGCGACAAGUGGGUGACGGUGGUUCCUAAGCCGACUAGCACCUGA